AGGACAACACCACAACACCUCGCUCUCAUUCCCGUAACUAGGCCUUCGCUUCCUCUUAUUGCCUCCUCUGCGCACUUUCUAGCUGUCAUAUAUCUGUUUUGCCAGACUCUGCCACAAGCACUCAAUCAAUAUGUUCAUAGCACGCAGCGAAUAUGACCGCGGCAUCAACACCUUCUCUCCCGAAGGCCGUCUCUUUCAAGUCGAAUACUCCCUAGAAGCCAUCAAGCUCGGAUCAACAGCAAUCGGUGUUGCCACAGGCGAGGGUGUCAUUCUAGGUGUUGAGAAGCGCGUCACCUCCACCCUCCUCGAGACCAGCUCCGUCGAGAAGAUCGUCGAAAUCGACCGCCACAUUGGAUGCGCCAUGUCCGGACUGCAGGCCGACGCGCGGAGCAUGGUAGAGCACGCUCGCGUGGAAUCUCAGAACCAUGCUUUUCAUUAUAAUGAGCCGCUACGAGUCGAAAGCUGCACACAGGCGAUAUGCGAUCUGGCGCUGAGGUUUGGCGAGGGCGCAGAGGGAGAGGAGAGCAUCAUGUCAAGACCGUUCGGUGUGGCACUCUUGAUUGCGGGAUAUGACGAGGACGGCCCGAGCCUUUACCAUGCCGAACCCUCCGGCACGUUCUACCGGUACGAUGCCAAAGCCAUCGGUUCCGGUUCCGAGGGCGCCCAAGCCGAGCUCCAAAACGAGUUCCACAAGUCGCUCACGCUAGCCGAAGCUGAAGUGCUGGUCCUCAAGACACUCAAGCAGGUCAUGGAGGAGAAGUUGGAUAGCAAGAAUGUGCAGUUGGCGAGUGUAACAAAGGAGAAGGGCUUUAGGAUCUAUACGGAUGAGGAGAUGGAGGAGGUAGUGGGCAGGCUACCGACGAACUAGUGCUCUAGGGUUGGCUUUGAGACCAGAGUCAAGAAAGCGUCUUGAGCAGGAAUGAAAAGGUAUUUGAGCGGACACGGAGUGACAAACAUAGAUCAACAUCUACGCUCUCUCCAGCAGCGAUGCACCAGUAACCAGACGGAUCUGUCAAUACAAGACGAAACAAUUGUCCUCCAAUGGAGGACGCAGAAGAUAUGUGAUCCAAUGACACCUAAUUCAAUCAUGAAGAAAUCUGC